CCAAUAUUUUUCAACACAAGAUAAUUUCCUAACCCCGGAGGAGCUCUACAACUGAUAAAGGGAAACAUAUUCUUCACAAGGCGGGAUAGUAUAAAAAUUAUGUUGAUGAUAAGCAAAGUUUAUGAAAAAAUUAAAACCUAGAACUAAUAUCACAUUGGUUUGAAAGUGAAAAAAUCCAUAUUUGAAAUAAAUAUGUGCUAUGUUUCGCAUCGUCCCGUCAACUACCAGAGCAAUUGAAGGGCAUCACACGGCGGGACCAUGCUCUAUUAUUCCAACGCUUGGUGGCGAAAGGUCAAAUAACAUAUUAAUUGAAAUUUCAAAAUCCAUGCGAAAAGAUCGCAAUACAGUAUCAAUGGAACACGAAACAAAAUAUCAAUUGGUCCUAUAUUGGUACCGCUCGUCGUACUAGCUUCAGGAUGUUAAAUGAUAACGGAGCCUUUUUCUUCAUCUCCAAACGGAAACUAAUGCGGAAAACAUGAGAAGAAGUUUAGAUAAUAUAUAUACAGCACGAACGAGUGACGCUUGUCAAAACCAUACGAAACACGAUUGCUGAAACAGUAUCAAUCGGAGCGAGAAACGGUCAAUUAUUGGACCAAACUUUACAUAUCCUACAAACUGUAUCAUAACGUACAAAAGAAGAUGCGAGUUAUCGAAGUCUUGACAAUGACAAUUGGAUGCGUCUUACUGUUAAGGAUGAGCGAAUCUGAAGCAUCGCCUUUAAAAAGAGGGCACGUUGCCGGACACGACGCCAAAAAACCAUCACACAUGGUGAGAGAACAGGCGAUAUUGAAAGCCCUUCAUCACCUUGUUCGCCAAGAAUCGAACCCCACCGUGAGACAUGAAAUAUCACACUUCCUCGCAAGGAUGAGAAAACUCCGAUCUCGAAGACAUGUAGAUGGUUUAUUCAGCGCAAUUUCGGGAAAAGCUUACGAUGAAGAAUAUACAAGAGUUUUCAUCCGAUCCUUGAAACAAAGAUACUUUGAGCGACAGAGAGAAUGCUACAACGCAAUUUUGGUAUUUGCCGAUCAACCAGAAUUGUUCAAAGCAGCUCUUGAACAAUGCGGUUGAGUACUAUGGAUUUCAAUUGGUAAAUGGCUGACAGUAUAUUUAUUGAAUGAAUAAAAGGAGAAACCUUAUUGAGACGUGCUCUGAAUGAACUGGAGGUGUAAGCGGUGCCAUUUCGCUGAUGAAAAGGUGACUUUCGUUCGUCGACAUCGAGUUACAAUAAACGAAGCUGCACGAGAUUAUAUACCCCAGAAGACAUGUCUUAAAUUGACACGGCGACAUUUCAUCGUUACAAUCAUUUAUCAUUACUUUUGCUUCAAUAUUUUCAUAUUUCACACAAUACUAUUUGCCGUAAUGUAUAUUUUGCCUAGUUCUCGCCUAUUCAAAAAUGUAUAAUUUAUUGCUAUUUAUUUCGAUAUAUAUGUCUACUAUAAUUUACUGUUAUUAUUAUUCUUUUACAACAAAUGCAAUUUUUAACUUUAAAUUUUUGAUCUAUAAAUCCUUACAUCAAGA